AUGUCUACUCAAGGAGCAAAGGAUGCGCUCAUGCAGGGCGCACAAUAUGUCACGGGCAGUGGUAGCAAAUCCACGACAAACGAGAGCCACCUUGGUCGUGAUGGGUCCGGUUUUGGCGCUAUGUCUUCUGGCCCGAUCCCAGGUGCUGGACGACAAGAAGGCGGCUCUGUAGCACCGAUUCCUGGUGGCCACGCGACUAGUGGCCUCACGUCCGACGGCUCGGAGAUCAGCACUGGAGCAACUCAAACGGCACCAGGCUCACAGUAUUGGCAAGAAACGGAAGAGGUGGGUAUCUUCGAGACAAAAGACGGGCGCAAGACAUAUGCACCAGAUGGUCAUCUUACUCGCACUGGUGCACCAUCUCAAUAUGGUGCCGCGGAGGGCAAGACGGCUGGCGAGUCCGGCCUGACUGGUGGGCAUGGGCAAGAGGGCGGAGAGGGCCUGGACAUGCGAUCCUCCCGCGGACAGCACGACAACUCCAGAGGCGCUAUUGCAACAGACACCACUGGUUCUGGUGCUUCUCGAGAGCAAGGGGACAUCGAUACAUCAGCAACGCAAAGCAACAUCGGCGUACCUACAUCCGGUGAUCCUGGCGCGACAGAUGCAGCGCAGCGUAGUGAAGCUGGCAGUGGUGCUGGCGACAAGGCCAGCAACAGCAACAGGUCUGCUCACCUUGAGAACCCUGACGCGAUCCCGUUUGCUGGUAAUAAGAAGGUCGGUGAAGACCAUUAUGGCGAGAGCAAGAUGCAGCCAAAGGCUGUGUAA